AUGCAGGAACCCCAAUUCAAGUAUGCGAAUAUCCCUCAGUUUCAGUACCAAAGCUUCGAACGUGAAUUAAAGACCUUUGAAAUUGGCUCUUUGACUUUCUCUUCUUAUCCUAUCACCCCUAAAACUACCAAUGCGAAUCGUCUGACGGAGGGCAAGGACCAGGAUAACCAAACGGCCGCCGAUGCCGAACCGAAAAAGGAGGAUGCCCCCGUCGAGCCCCCACCAGACGAGCCUAGCAAGUCUGCAGAAGAGAGCUCAUCGAACUCAGACCCUGCUGAACCACCAGAGGCAGCGACUGCUCCAACGGAGCCUGACUCCUCAGAGCCCGCUGAGCCCGCUGAGCCUGCAGAGGCCACCGACCCCGCCAGCGGAGACGCAAAGGAAGAGGGUAAGGAAGAGCCUGCUGGCGAUGAGCCGGCGCCGAACGCAGAGGGUGAAAGCGCUCCAGACGAAGCCUCUCAAGAACCACCUGCAGAGGGUGCAGAAAAUCCAGUGGCCGAAACGAAAGACGAAGAGCCUACGCCACCCGCAGAAGAACCAGCCGCAGAUGAUGGUGGAGCCAAGAAAGACGAUAACAAUGACAACAAUGACGAGGAUUUUCCAGAGUGUGACCCUGAAGCCGGACUCGACAAAGUAGAGGCCGAGAAGGAAGCACUCGCCAAGCAAGAAGCUGAAGACGCCAAAGCCGAGGAGGAUCUCCCACCAGCAGAUGGGGAAGCUCCAGCUGCUACCGAUGAGCAACCCGCCGCUGACAAUACCGAGGACACUGGUGAUAGUCCUGCACCAUUGGAAAAUUCACCCGCGACAGAAGGAGCUGCAGACGCACCCACCAAUACUUCUGCCGAGUCUCCUGAAGCUCCUGUUGAGGCACCCGUUGAGACUGUACCAGAGCCCGAGAAAGAGGCUCCCAGUGAAGAACCAGCAGCCGAUCCUAGCCCACCAGCCGAUGAACCAGCUGGCAAGUCGAAAAAGAACAAGAAAAAGGCGAAAAAGGCGAAAAGGGCAGCCGAGACCGAGCCCGAGCCCGAAGCUGCACCUGAACCUGUAGCGGAGCCUACAUCAGAGCCUGCACCCGAGCCCGAAGCUACACUCGAACCUGUAGCGGAGCCUACAUCAGAGCCUGCGCCAGAGCCCGAGCCCGAACCCGAAGCUACACUUGAACCUGUAGCGGAGCCUGCGCCAGAACCCGGGAAAGAGGCUCCCAGCGAAGAACUAGCAGCCGAAACUCCACCCGAAGCUACACCUGCCGAUCCUAGCCCGCCAGCAGAAGAGCCGCCAGCCGAUGAACCAGCCGGCAAGUCAAAAAAGGACAAGAAAAAGGCGAAAAAGGCGAAAAAGGCAGCUGAGACCGAGGCCAAGCCUGAGGCUGCACCUGAACCAGUAACGGAGCCUGCGCCAGAGCCUAUCCCGGAUCCUGUCGAGCCACCUGCAGAAGUGGCCACAACACCCGAAGGCGAUGAAAAGGCUCAAGCAGAGGCAGAGAUAAAGCCGGCUGAAGCAGCAGAUCCAGCUGAAAGUGAUGCUCUCAAGGAACCCGAAGAAGUACCACCAGCUGCAGAACCGGAGGAAGUGCCAGCUGAAGCUACCCAAGAAACAGAGAGUGCUCCAGUUGAAGAAUUCCCUGCCGCUGAUGCUUCUGUCAAUGAACCUUCAGAGGCGGCUGCUGAGGAAUCCCCAAAGGAACCGGAACCUGAGCCUGCUCCAGCCGCUGAGCCCGAAGCCACACCAGCCACAGUUGAUGAGGUCAAGGCAGAGGACGCACCUUCGGUGGAUGCUAGUCCAGAGCCAGUAGUUGAGCCGGUCGAAGAGCCACAAGCAGCAGCUGAACACGAACCAGCAGUUGAAGAAGCACCCUCGGCCCCAGAUGUUGCUCCAGAACAGCUUGCUGAAGAACAACCUGUUGAAGAGGUAGCAGAGGCACCGGCUGCAGAGGAACCUGUGACUGAACAGCCUGCAGGGGAACUCGAAGCCGAAGCCGAAGCUGCACCUGAACCUGAACCAGCUGCUGCUGAAACUGCUGCUGAGCCUACACUCCCAGCAGAAGCCCCAGCAGAAACAGUAUUGGAAGAAUCUAUCUCAGAGGCAGAUCAGCCAAAGGAGAUUCCAGCAGAAGUUUCACUGGCUGAAGCUGAAGCUGCACCUGUGGAUCCCACGCCUGCUGAGCAAGAGCCAACACCAGAGCCCGAGGCUGCACCCGCUGAAUCCGAGCCAGUACCGGAACCCGAGCCAGCUCCUGCUGAACCAGAACCAGAACCAGCUCCUGAGCCUGAGCCUGAGCCUGCUCCUGUUGAGCCUGAACCACUACCCGAACCAGUACCCGCCGAGCCAGAACCAACGCCAGAGCCUGAGGCUGCACCCGCUGAACCAGAGCCAGCUCCUGCUGAACCAGAACCAACGCCAGAGCCCGAGGCUGCACCGGCUGAACCAGAGCCAGUACCGGAACCAGUAUCCGCCGAGCCAGAACCAACGCCAGAGCCCGAGGCUGCACUCGCUGAACCAGAGCCAGUACCGGAACCAGAGCCAGCUCCUGCUGAACCAGAACCAGCUCCUGAGCCUGAGCCUGCACCCGCUGAACCGGAACCAGCACCGGAACCAGAGCCUGCUCUUGUUGAGCCUGAACCGCUACCUGAACCUGUACCCGCCGAGCCAGAGCCUGCUCCUGCUGAGCCCGCUGAACCAGAACUGACACGAGAGCCCGAGCCCGAGCCCGAACUCGCACCCGCCGAACCUGAGCCAUCGCCUACUGAGCCUCUAGUGCCCGAGGCACCCAGAUCCGAUGGACUUGCACCGGAUGAGUUUCCUCCCGAGGACUCCGCCGAGGGACCUCGCGGCGAGCUCAUGGAGCCCAUGGAUCCUACUGCAACCAGGCAAGGUUCUCGCAGAAAGAAGAGACGCUCGCCUAGUGACCGUGAAGACCGUGAACGAGAGCGACGAUACUCCAAGACUUCUUCUGAGGGCCGCAAAGAGCAGCUUUCCCGCCCCAAAAAUGACGGCGGCUUGUUCACUAACCGGUGGGCCAAGGCUUUGGAGCAAGCGCGAAAGGAACAUGACGACAAGCAGCAGAAGAAGAAUCAGGAGAAGAGGAAACAGCAAGCUGUCGCUGAAGACCGUCAACGCAGUGGUGUCUCGCCCCCUGAGAAGAUCAGACGCUCUGAGAAGAUUGCAGCAAGAGAGGAGGCAAUGGCAAUGGAGGAACCACCUGUUGUUGAAGUCGAGAUUGAACCCAGGCCCAAGCGCCGUUCGUCUGAACAAGGCCAGGCUAAAUCAGUCAAGACUACAUCUUCGAAACAGGCAGCCUCUUCAGCUCCAGCUCCCAAACGCGCUUUCCUUCGAUAUAUGGGCAAUGGUCAAUCAGACACGACUAGACCCAUUGUGCGGGUUAACAGCACGAAAUCUACUGCACCGUCAACUGAGCGUCGCCCUUCGAUCAGCCACAGCAACGGCAGUGGUCCACCGAGUGACGAGAAAGCCACCAUUGAUGGAAGGCGACUUAGCACUCGCUCCGGCGGCUCUAUCUCUCGCCGCGAAGCACGUCGUGAAGAAAGGCGCGAGGAGAGACGUGAGGAGCGUCGACAAGAAGAAGCUCGGGCCGAGAAGAAAGCACGGAGACGGUCUCGCGAGGAACCCGAGUCCAGCAAGCCCCGGGAAAGGGAGCGAGAGAAGAAGCCCGAGGGCUCUCGUCGCGCCGCCCGCCAGGAAAGCAGAGACAAGGAUCCUAACUCGCGCCGUCAUCGUCGUCGCGAAGAAUCUCCGCCAAAAGAGCAAUCCAGACUUAAGAGCCUUUUCCGAACGAUCGCAGCGCACUAG